CAAGACCUGGGAUUGCGACCGGAGGCACAUAUCGGAACCUCGGCGCAACACCUACCGUCCACCAUGGCGACGAGACAAGUAGCCAAGACGACCUUCGAGGUCGAGAAUGUAAUUCAGCCGAUAUUCGCCGGCGGAUCCGUUGCGCUUGAGAAUGGCGCACGGAUCCUCGCAUCGACGCUCGGUGAGGCGGCAGUCCUGACAGAAUUGAACACGGGGAAGCGCCUGGCCGAGAUUGAAGGAGAUGGCGAGCCAAUCUCGACACUGACAAUCACUCCUUCGGCUUCGCAUCUCGUCGUCUGCUCCCGGUCCCUGACAAUGCGCAUCUACUCCCUCAAGAUAUCGUCCGACUUCGACUUGGUGGAAGCAACUCUCGUCCGCACGUCGAAGCCGCACGCCACGCCCGUGGUCGUGCUCGCAGUUGAUAAGACAAGCACGCUUCUUGCGACCGGUGCCGCAGACGGUGCGGUAAAAAUCUGGGAUAUUGUUGGCGGCUAUGCCACCCACACCGUCAGCGGGCCGAGCGUUCUCGUGUCUGCCCUGCAUUUCUUCGAGAUUGCGGCGACGGCCGAGAACCCCUCCUCUGAGCGAAGAUCCAAGAAGGGGUCGCGGAAGAGCCAAGGCGAUCAAGGGCAGACGGACGGGUUGCCCAAGUUCCGGCUUGCAUGGGGCACGCAGGAUGGCAGAAUUCGUAUCUUCGACCUACACAAGCGCACAACAGUCCCGGUUUACGCCGAUGCCAAGAGGAAGAAAGAGGCACAUGAGUCCAAUGUCCAGAGCAUAGACUACUCGCCCGAGCAGCAUGCUCUUUUGAGCGGCAGUAGAGACAAGACCAUGACGCUGUGGCUCUGGCGGGACAACACCUGGCAGGGAACUCCCAUGCUCCGUCACGAGCUGGUCGAAUCAGUAGGGUUCUUGAAUGGGGGCAAGUGGAUGUACUCGGCAGGGUCGAGUGGGCUGUUAAGGAUAUGGGAUACGACGACACACCACGAAAUUACCAUCAAACGGGACGCCAGAUCAGAGGCAGAGUCCAUUCUCUCGGCUCUCUCUUUGCCUCAAAAGUCCCUAAUUCUCUGCACGCAGUCCGAUUUUACCCUGGCGUUGUACCGGAUACCAUCACCCGGAGAUAUCGCUGCCACGGGAGGGUUACUCAUGGAGCCAUUCAGGCGCAUAUCCGGCACGCACGACGAGAUCUUAGACCUGGCAUAUGUUCUGCCCGACCAGUCCAUGCUGGCCCUUGCAACAAACUCGGAAGACAUCAGGCUUGUUUCGGUAGCCGACAGCGGAGCUCAAUCCGACGAGGAAGGGGGUGCAUAUUUUGGCCAUGACGUUGCUUUGCUCCAAGGUCAUGAGGACAUCGUCAUGUCGCUGGAUGUUGACUGGUCGGGCCACUGGGUAGCCAGCGGUGCGAAGGACAAUACGGCCCGGCUGUGGCGUAUCGAUCCUGCCAACAACUCGUACACCUGCUAUGCUGUCUUCACCGGCCACCUGGAGUCAGUAGGAGCCGUCGCUCUCCCCAAAAUGGUUCCCCCUGAGAACUCGGAGGCUUUCAAGAACCCUCUUGACCACCCGCCCCCUUUCCUCAUCUCAGGCUCUCAAGACAGAUUUGUUCAGAAGAGAGACGUCCCACGACAGUCACAGAAAGCCAAACUGUCCGCAAGUUUGAAGCGAUUGGCUCACGACAAAGACAUCAAUGCCCUGGAUGUCAGCCCCUCGGGGCGACUGUUCGCCUCGGCGUCGCAGGAUAAGACGGUGAAAAUCUGGGACGUGGAGAGUCUGGAAGUCCAAGGUAUUCUGAAAGGGCAUAAGAGAGGUGUCUGGACAGUCAGAUUCGCACCGCUCCAUGCCCCGGCCAUCCAGGGUGAGCAAGGGGCUGUCUCCGGCAAGGGCGUGAUCCUCACUGGAAGCGGCGACAAGACGAUCAAGCUCUGGAAUCUCUCCGACUACACCUGUUUGAGAACCUUCGAAGGCCACUCGCACAACGUUCUCAAGGUGGUGUGGCUGCACAUUCCCACUGACGAGACCGCUGCCAAGAAGCGAAUACAGUUCGCAAGCGCAGGUGCCGACAGCCUUGUCAAGGUCUGGGAUGCCAAUCUCGGCGAGACCGAAUGCACGCUCGACAACCACGAGGACAGGCUUUGGACACUGGCCGUCCAUCCCAAGACCAACACGCUCGUGUCGGGCGGAAGCGACUCCAAGGUCACCUUCUGGAAGGACAUCACAGCCGAGACGCAAGCCGCCGCCACCGAAGCCGCUCUCAGGCUCGUCGAGCAAGAACAGGAGCUAGAGAACUACAUGCACGCGGGCGCCUACCGUGAUGCCAUCGUGCUGGCGCUGCAACUGAACCACCCGGGCCGGCUCCUCAGCCUCUUCACUAGCGUCGUGACCACCAGCAACCCCGAGGAAGGCAGCCUGUGCGGCGUCAAGGCAGUGGACGACGUCCUGGCCAAGCUCUCGGACGAGCAGAUCUUCCUGCUGCUGCUCCGGCUGCGCGACUGGAACACGAACGCGCGGACGGCGCCUGUCGCGCAGAGAAUCCUCGGGGCGCUCGUUAAAAGCUACCCCGCCGACAAAUUCUCCAACUUGUCGGUCAAGGGGGCCAGGGGCCAGAAGAGUCUGAAUGAGGUGCUGAAUGCGCUCAGGGUGUACACAGAGAGGCAUUAUAAGCGGAUGGAGGAGCUGGUGGACGAGAGUUAUCUUGUUGAGUAUACCCUGCAGGAGAUGGACAGUUUGGCCCCGUCGGCGCUGGAGGCGGUUGAGCAGGAUGGAGAUGCUGUCAUGGCUGGAGCGUGACGGCCCGCGGGCGGUUGAUGUGUAAGCGGAAGGGUUAGGGUAAUGAGAUCCAUGCAUGAUACAACUGAAGUGCAAGUAGUACGAAGUACUGGAACAGGUAUUCAGAGUGUUGGAUGCUUGGGGUUUUAUACCUGGUUGGUUUGGGAAUAAAACUACGCUCUGAUAUCAACUCCGA